UCGUCCUCGAUCGUCGGCGCGUUCCUGCGUUGCCUUUCGCACGUCGCCGCCGUGCGAACGCGAAUCCGCCGCGAUCGAUCGCUCAAGCCAGCCAGCCAGCCAGCCAGCCAGCUCGCGUGCAUGCACUGCGGCCUUUGGCUCGGCUCCGGGCCGCCCGUAUCGAUUGUGCGGCGCCUCGCGGCCAAGCAGGAAGUCGCGAUAGCACCUUCUCUCUUCUCGGCCGUCCGGAUCUCUCAUCGUCAACUCAAAACUAAGACAAUCCAAGGCCGUUCGUAGCCUCGUUGUUUGUACUAUUUCGUCGAGAGAUAAAGCUCGGCUCGUACCGAUAGCGCGACCAUGCGUACACGCGUCGUCUAUUCGACAGCGUACGAAUGCUCAAAUACUAUUCGAGAGCAGGAAGCAGAUUACGUAACGUUGCACGCAGACCAGAGCUUCCGCGUCGCGCAGCAUCAUUCGCAUCGAUGUUCCCGUAUCGACGCGACGCGGUGUCGCGUGAUUCUUCCUUGGCUUCGACAGCAGCAGCCGCGUGUUCGUCGGCAGAUAGAUGCCGUCCAAUUGAGCCGAGGCCGGCUGGCAGUCGAGCAAUGCAGCUACUGGCGCUGACGGUGUUGCUGUGCUCUGCGCCGUGGCGCGCCGAGGCGGGCUGGUCGCAGAGGCUCGCGCGGCGACCCGACAACGUGCUCGCUGACUUCAGCGCCUACCAGGACAUCAGCGUCGCGCACUUCCACGUGCCGGAGAACUUGGUGUCGGUGGCCUUCAAGUUCACGGCGAAGGAGGCAAAGGACGGCGGCAUCGGCGUCUGUGAGCCGCGCGACGUGUCGAUUAGCCUAAAGCCGGGCAGCUUGCCGCUGGUGCGACCCGACGGCUCGAGGAUCGAGGCGAGGCUGCUGGGCGGGCACAGCCGACCGCGCAACUACAGUCUCGAGGUGCUGAGCAACGGGGACGAGCACGUGGUGAACAUCGUGGCGCCGCCGCCGGGCGACUGGUACGCGAUCGCCUACAGGGCCUACCAGGACCCCGAGGACGCACGGAUCAAGCAGCAAGGCCUGGGCGCGAGCUGCGACACCGUGCUGGACGUGGAGCUGGCGGUGGAGCGCGCGGCACUGCUGCUGGCGCCUGCGCCAGGCGAACGCCGCCUGCUCCUGUCGCGGGGUGCCAACGGCAGCGACUCGGCGGUGGUGCAGUUCCGCGUGCCGGAGGCCACCGAGUGGGCCGAGCUGUUGCUCGCGUCGAGCUGCGGCGCCGAGUGCGCGCUGGCCGUGCACGUGAGCACCCCGACGGGCCACCUGAUCGGCCGGCUGCUGCGCGGCGCGACGCGCCCGCUGCGCCUGCGGCUGCGCCCGCGGGACGCCGCGCUGCACUACGUCACGCUACGGCUGGAACGCGGCCCGGAGACCGAGGUCAGCCUCUCGCUGCAGCCCGGCCCGGAGCCCGAGCCGCGGCUCAGCGAGGUCCGCCUCGUGAGAAAGUCGCUGCCCGACUUCUUCCUGUUCGACUACGAGCACCUCGGCGAGCAGGCCAACGCCAGUAAACCCACGGCCUUCAACGUGACGGCGAGACGACCGCGGGUCCUGCGCUUCCGCGUGGGCCCGGUUUACGACGUGGGCGGCACACUGUCGGUGGGCCUGCGGCUGGCCGAGGCCGACCGGCACAACGAGAGCACGAGGGUGGUCGUGGUCGGCUGCCUGUCGCUCGGCCGAGUCUCGCGGGUGGGCCCGCAUGGUCGCUGCGACGAGGAGCCCGACACCGACGGCGAUGACGACGGGGACGACGACGAGGACGACGACGGGGACGAGGGUGGCGCCGAGGUCCACGGCCGAGCGUGCGACCUGCUGGCGGCGAACCGGAGCUCGCCGGGCUUCGUCCACGCGCCCUUCCCCGAGCCCGGCGUCUGGCAGCUGACCGCGCGGGCCUUCUGCUUGCGGCCCGACUGCGGCUGCUUCGAGCGCUGCGCCAGCGGCACCAACCUGUCCGACUCGGCGACGGCCUGCGGCGAGCAGUGCGACUGCUUCGAGGAGUGCGAGCUGGCCACGCUGGAGGCGGCCAUCGGCUCGUCGCCGUGCGUCGAAGGCGGCUGCGGCGGGGCUCACGGGCGCUGCGUCAACUACAUGAGCGGCGGCUUCGUCUACUCGGCCUGCCACUGCUUCGGCGGCUGGCGCGGCUUCGACUGUGCCGACGACGCCAAGCUGAUCGGCCGCGGCCAGCUGCUCGGCCAGCUGCUCGCGCUCACGCUCAGCAACCUGGGCUUCGUGGGUGCCGUCUACGCGGCCAUCCGCCGCGGACACUACGCCGAGGCGCCCGUCUACGCGGCCGUCUGCAUUUUCUCCAGCUUCUACCACGCCUGCGAGGCCGGCCAGGAGGGCCACAGCUUCUGCCUGCUGCGGCUGAGCGUGCUGCAGUUCUGCGACUUCUACUACGCGCUGCUGUCCGUGUGGGUGACGCUCGUGGCGAUGGCCUCACUCGGGCCGCGCGCCAGCGGCUUCUGCGACCUACUCGGCGCGCUCGUGCUGGCCCUGGGCGCCGAGGUGGACCGCACCGCGCUCUGGGUGUUUCUCCUGCCGGCCGCGUCCGGCUGCGCCCUCGUGCUCGCCUGCUGGGCGCUCAAGUGUCGCCGCAAAGGCAGCCUGCAGUACCCAGCCAGGAUCUACCGGCUGGUCUACCUGCCCCUUGGCCUGCUCGUCGUCUCCGCCGGCCUCGGCUGCUACGCCUUCCUGCAGACCAGGCGCAACUACUACGUGGUGCACAGCCUCUGGCACGUCUGCGUCGCCGCGGGCGUCGUGCUACUGCUGCCCAAGAAGCACUACAUGCAGUAGGGCCGCGGCUCGUCGCGGCUCGAGGCGCACACGCACCCGCGCACCUCGCCCGUUCGCGGCGGAACGCUCGUUUGGACAACUUGUUUUCUUCCGACUGGGAGUCUUAUACCGUCAGCUGUAUGUUUCGCGCCAUAGCCGACACUUGUCCGUGGCAUUUGCCGAUUACUUGUAGCUCUAAAAUCUCGUCUGUACAUAGCGCAUGCAAAGGAGAAAUUUAUAUUUUUACGCGCGUGAGGGAGUAACGAGCCGAUGACAUGUUUUACAGCUGUAUAUUUAUACGUGACGUAUGUAUGUAUAUAUUUUCGACGCUCGCAAGUAAAUGAUAUUUUGGACAAGAGAAUUUGACAAGUGAUCGAUCGACGCUCGAGUGUAGAGACGAAAGCGCACACAGACAUACUGUUAUAAUAGUAGUAGUGGUAUACAUAUGUAUAUAUUGGAAGGGAACAAUAAAUUGAUCGCACCUUU